AUGGCAGACGUCGCGUUCCUGCCGCCGCAGGACAUCCACCCCAACAACGCCGUGUUCGCUGCUCGCAGUCUGCCUCGCCCACUCACGUGGCAACGGCGCGAGCACAUGACGCACCGCUGUACGAUCCUCACGCGUAUUGGACAACUGCUGGUGCGCAACGCACGAGUCGUGCUUAGUCAGCAAGGGAACGCCGUCACAGGUGGCACAGACCUUAGCAAGACUUGGGUGCUGGCUCGUAAGCUGGAGGUGCUCAUGUUCAUCCACUCGGCGUCGCUUCUUGAAUACGCUAACAUGGACAGUUUGGCACGUCGCGUACAGGCGCUAACGGCCGGAAUGACAUUCGGGAAGCUGUCGAUGCGCGCCACCAAUUGUCCACAGCGGUUCGUUGUGACGCACGAUGAUCACGAGCAGAUUGUCUUGUCCAUGGCGGAGCAAAUGCGUCUGAACACGUUCCCGGGACUUUCACGGUUGAGUAUCACGUGUUUGUUCACGAACGAAGAGGCCGAUGGAGAAGCCGACGUCCUGUUGAACACGUUGAUGCUUGGAUGUUGUCCGAACAUCGAGGAGCUGUGUCUUCCUGGAAACAGUUUCGGUGACUAUGGAGCUACUAAAGUGGCGCAGAUGCUGCGAUCUCAGGUCUGUCCGAAGCUCACGAGACUAGAUCUGCGUCGUAACUUUAUCGGGGAGGAUGGAAUUCGCAGCUUGUGUCACGCAUUGGCUGACGGCUAUGCGCCCAACCUCAUGGAGCUCUGCUUAGGUGGCAAUACGAUCACAGACUCAAGUUUCCAUCACGUGUUGUAUGCGAUGGAGAGCCGACAAUUGAAGAAAUUGCGCUUUUUGGGCUAA